UAACAUUUGAUGGAUCUUUUUGUUUUUUGUCAUCGAGUAUGUAUAAAAGUUGACCUUUGACGUGGGGGUUUUAAAAAUAGAAAAAAAAAAAAAAACUGAAGACAUGGCGCGUAGUAAUAGAUGUGUACCCCAAAAUAGUUCCAUUGUCCAAAUUCCGAUAGAAGAAGUAUUCAAAACUCAACUCAAGUCUCGGUGGCAGCAGAUCACAAUGUCAUCUGCUUCUUCUCCACCGCCGCCGCAGGUUUUCGUCCCAGAGCCACUUUUUUCCGAACCCCCGCCUCCUCCCAAAGCACCCGUUAACGUUUCCCUAUCUCCACCGCCUCCUCCGCGGUCUCCCUCCACAUCCACUCCACCUAGGUUGGGAAAUCGAAACCCUCCACCUCCAGCGAGUCCCUCUGGCCAGGAACCUACAACUCCAACUAUGACCCCAGGCUUUUCUCUAUCACCGCCGUCUCCCUCAAGAUUAUCAACGGGAGCUGUGGUCGGGAUCUCCAUAGGAGGAGGAGUUUUUGUGUUGACUUUGAUUUUUUUCCUUUGUAAGAAGAAACGACCAAGAGACGAUAAAGCACUUCCGGCUCCCAUAGGGCUUGUAUUAGGCAUCCAUCAAAGCACUUUCACUUACGGGGAGCUAGCUAGAGCCACCAAUAAAUUCUCUGAGGCCAAUUUGUUAGGAGAGGGUGGAUUUGGAUUCGUAUACAAAGGUAUAUUGAAUAAUGGAAAUGAAGUUGCAGUUAAACAGUUGAAAGUAGGGAGUGCUCAGGGUGAGAAAGAGUUUCAGGCUGAGGUUAAUAUUAUUAGCCAAAUUCACCAUAGGAAUUUGGUUUCCCUUGUCGGUUAUUGCAUCGCUGGUGCUCAAAGAUUGCUUGUCUAUGAGUUUGUUCCCAACAACACUCUCGAGUUUCACCUCCAUGGGAAAGGACGGCCUACGAUGGAAUGGAGUUUAAGAUUAAAGAUUGCUGUCAGUUCUUCCAAAGGAUUGUCUUAUCUUCAUGAAAAUUGCAAUCCUAAAAUCAUCCACCGUGAUAUCAAGGCGGCAAACAUAUUGAUUGAUUUCAAAUUUGAAGCAAAGGUUGCUGAUUUUGGUCUCGCCAAGAUUGCUUUGGAUACAAACACUCAUGUAUCUACACGUGUUAUGGGAACCUUUGGGUAUUUGGCUCCGGAAUAUGCUGCAAGUGGAAAGCUUACUGAAAAGUCUGAUGUUUACUCAUUCGGCGUUGUACUUUUGGAGCUAAUAACGGGACGUCGCCCUGUUGAUGCAAACAAUGUCUAUGCGGAUGACAGCUUGGUUGAUUGGGCACGACCAUUGCUUGUACAAGCACUUGAAGAAAGUAACUUUGAAGGUUUGGCUGAUAUAAAGCUGAAUAAUGAGUAUGAUAGAGAAGAGAUGGCUCGCAUGGUUGCUUGUGCUGCAGCUUGUGUCCGCUAUACAGCUCGCCGAAGACCUCGCAUGGACCAGGUUGUGCGUGUGCUAGAAGGAAACAUAUCGCCGUCAGAUCUGAAUCAAGGGAUAACACCCGGUCACAGCAAUGUAUACAGUUCAUAGAGGAAGCACAUAUUAUGAUACGAGAACAAUGUAGACGUACACGAGGAAGUUUCGGAUAAAAAUGGGGCACGGUGGGCGAGUACAGUAAUCCAACUAGUGACUAUAGACUGUAUCCGUCCGGCUGGACGCUCGAGCAGUGAGGGUCAAGCCACACGGGGAAAUGGAUUCGAGAUGGGGAAGAUUUAAAAGAACUGCUCAACGUUAUGGUGGAGAUUCUCUUUAAAAAAAGAGGGAAAAAGAUGCAUGGCUU